AUGCUCCUUCUCCUGCUGCAGGCAGGUCCAGCGUUCUGGGGGCUGAUCAACCCAGAAUGGUCGCUCUGCAACAAAGGUCGGCGCCAAUCCCCGGUCAACCUGGAACCAGACAAACUACUGUUCGACCCGAACCUACGGUUUUUACACAUAGAUAAACAUAGAAUAAACGGCUUAAUAAGCAACACAGGCCACUCGGUGAUCUUUACAGUGGAGAACGAGACCCGGCAUCACAUCAACAUAACUGGUGGGCCUCUCUCCUACAAGUACCAGUUCCAUGAAAUCCACAUCCACUAUGGCCUACACGAUCAGUUUGGAUCAGAACAUGCCAUCAAUGGGUAUACCUUUCCAGCUGAGAUUCAAAUAUUCGGUUUUAAUUCACAACUGUAUUCAAACUUCUCCGAGGCUCUACACAAAGCUCAAGGAAUUGUUUCAAUAUCCCUAUUGUUACAGCUCGGAGAUUUAUCAAAUCCAGAACUUAGAGUAUUAACAGAAGAAUUAGAAAAUAUCAAAUACGGAGGUGCAGAGAUGCCAGUGAAUAAGCUGUCGGUCCGUGGCUUGCUACCUGAUACGGACUAUUACAUGACAUACGACGGCUCGACCACGGCCCCCGCCUGCUACGAGACCGUCACCUGGAUCAUUGUCAACAAACCUAUCUACAUCACUAAACAACAGUUACACGGCUUGAGGCGGCUGAUGCAAGGCGACGCCAGGCACCCAAAGGCUCCCCUCGGCAACAACUUCAGGCCGCCCCAGCCUCUGCACCACCGAGCCGUAAGGACCAACAUUGACUUCGAUCUCAGCAAGUACCCUGGGAAAACUUGUCCAAGCAUGCAUAGAGAUAUGCAUUAUAAAGCCAAAAGCUGGACACAAUAUUGAAGCUAAUUCCACUCCGGUAGGCAUUCAAAGCAGCUACGUAGAUAUAUACAUAUAUUAGUAUGUAAGUUUGUAUAUAACUCCUGUACAGUCUAAAUCCUGCUUAUGAUGAAUGGAGCUAAAUAUUUUAAGUGUAAUAUAUUCAAUUAUCUUAAUCUAGCGCAAUGUUAGACGUAGUUUAAUGUAAUGAGUGAGUACUGUUGGUAAAAGGUUACCUAUAAUAUUUUAUUACGGCCUCUGACUAAGUAGAUUAUUUAUAGAUAUUUUCGGAUAGAUUGUUCGAAUCAUACCAUCGGAUUUGUUGUAGUCAAAUGUAUACUAAAAGUAGGAAAAUUUAUCUUUAGCUGUACUUAAUUAUUAAUUAGGUAUGUCGAAUUUACUUAAAAUUUUGUUAUCAAAAUUUCAAAAUAACAUAUCAUUUGAUCAGUCCAAAGAAAAUGUUUAUGAAUUAUUUUACCUUUCAAUGUUACAUAUCUUCUCAUGAUGUUGUUAUUUUAAUAAUAAUGUUUGUAUCAUUGUUUAGAAGUUUAUAGUUGAAUAGCAUUAAAAUCAAUUAUCGAAUGAAUUUAGCUACCUACAUAAUCAUAUCAAAUUAUAUUUACUAAUUAAGGUCUCAUUUGACGGUACUAGGUACUUUAAUGUAAUAAUAUCUAUCGCUGUAAGACGUCUAUAGCUUUAAUAAACUAU